AUGCAAACUCCAGGUAGAGGUGGGUCUCAGAGCUCGGAUUCGGAUUCAUCUGCUGCACCCGGAAAUGCCGUGGACAUGAACAGUGAAGGCUCCUCUGAGGGCUUUAUUUGUCCACUUUGUAUGAAGUCUCAUGGAUCAGCUGAGGAGCUGUUCAAGCACUAUGAAGCAGUUCAUAAUUCUGGCAUUGAUUCAACUCAUGGAGGGGAAGGUCAUCUGUCACCGGAAAGAGAUGAAGUAUCACUGCUCCGACAAGAAGUCAAAGACUUGCAAGCUUCGCUGAAGGAGGAGAGGUGGUAUUCAGAAGAACUGAAGAAAGAACUAGAGAAAUUGCAGGGGCAGCGGCAGCAAGAUUCUAAGUCUGAUGGAUUGCCAACAGCUAUAUCUACAGAAUCACUAGAACGGCAGCUAGAAGAGAUCCAAGUAGAAAAUUUUAACAUUAAGCAAAUGAAAGACUUAUUUGAGCAAAAAGCGGCACAGCUAGCCACUGAAAUUGUGGAUCUUAAAUCAAAGUAUGAUGAAGAAAUCAGCCUUCGGCAAAGUGCAGAACAGAAAGUGACAAACCUGAGACAAGAGCUGCAGAAGGAGAGAAGUACAGUGGAAGACUUAAAGACAGAGCUGCUUCAAAGGCCUGGUGUGGAAGAUGUGGCUGUCCUGAAAAAGGAGCUGGUCCAAGUUCAGACACUGAUGGACAAAAUGACACUGGAACGGGAGAGAGAAUCUGAAAAGCUGAAAGAUGAGUGCAAGCACUUGCAGGCAGAGCAGGCUAACUCAGAGGCUACCAUUAACCAGUUAAGAGCUGAACUUGCCAAAGGACCUCAGGAGGUAGCUGUAUACGUUCAGGAGCUGCAGAAACUUCGAAGUUCAGUCAAAGAGCUAGAACAGAAAAACCAGAUACUGGCUGAAAAGCUGCUGAUGAAAGAGCAGGACUACACCCAGCUAGAAGAAAAGCACAAUGAAGUAUCUGUGAGUAAGAAAAACAUGCAGGCAAGCUUUCACCAAAAAGACCUAGACUGCCAACAGCUUCAGGCAAAGGUGUCUGCAUCUGAAGCCUCAAUACAGAGAUUACAGACAGAGCUAGGUGAAAAGGGGGAAGCAAGCCAGAAACUUAAAGAAGAGUUGUCUGAAGUAGAGACAAAGUACCAGCAUCUCAAGGCAGAAUGUAAACAGCUCCAGCAGCAGAAGGAAGAGAAAGAGCAGCAUGGCCUGCAACUCCAAAGCGAGCUCAGUCAGUUGCACAGUAAACUUCUAGAAACGGAGCGGCAGCUUGGGGAAGCACACGGGCGGCUCAAGGAGCAGAGGCAGCUGUCUAGUGAGAAACUGAUGGACAAAGAGCAGCAGGUGGCUGAUCUGCAGUUAAAACUGUCUCGUGCUGAAGAGCAGCUGAAGGAAAAAGCAGCAAAUUCCACAGAACUGCAACAUCAAUUAGAUAAGGCAAAACAGCAGCACCAGGAACAGCAGACACUUCAGCAAAAUACUACAUCAAAACUACGAGAAGCUCAGAAUGAUUUGGAGCAAGUACUACGACAAAUUGGAGAUAAGGACCAAAAAAUUCAAAAUCUCGAGGCUUUGCUCCAAAAAAGCAAGGAAAAUAUCUCUCUGCUAGAAAAGGAAAGAGAGGACUUGUAUGCAAAAAUUCAGGCUGGUGAAGGGGAAACUGCAGUUCUUAACCAGCUACAAGAGAAAAACCAUGCGUUGCAAAUACAGGUAACUCAGCUGACAGAGAAGCUGAAGAAUCAAUCAGAAAGUCAUAAACAAGCCCAAGAGAAUUUGCAUGAGCAAGUGCAGGAGCAAAAGGCACAUCUAAGAGCUGCUCAAGACCGUGUCCUUUCCCUGGAAGCAAACAUCACUGAACUGACUAGCCAGCUAAAUGAAAGUAAAGAGAAAGUUUCUCAACUUGAUGUACAGGUAAAAGCAAAGACUGAAUUGCUGCUUUCAGCAGAAGCAUCAAAAGCUGCUCAAAGAGCGGAUCUUCAGAAUCAUCUGGACACUGCUCAGCAUACAUUGCAAGAUAAGCAACAGGAGUUAAACAAGGUCAGCGUUCAGUUGGAUCAGGCUACAGCUAAGCUGAAUGACAAGCAGGAAUACUGUGCUCAGCUGGAAGUCAAUCUUAAAGAGUACAAAGAGAAACAUCUUUAUUUAGAACAGAAAACUGAAGAGCUACAGGGACAGCUUAAG